AUGACUUAUGAUAAAUUUAAUCCUGUCUUUGCAGUAAAUCUCGUCCCAUUUGGUCCAGAAGCGGGUGACCUGAAAGUGAACCCGUCUUUGUUAACCGCUGGUCAAACAAUCGACCUGCACAUGUUUUUUCCAUUCUACGGAGGACUCUAUAACUAUACCACGAUCUCCGUCAAUGGUUACAUAGGCUUUGCUACUGUGCUUGAUCAAGGACCAACAAUAAAUGUUGGCCCUGAAAGUACAGACUGGCCCCGUCAAGAAGAUCCAGCUAUGAUUGCUCCUUACUUAUGUAAACAGCAGAUUCCACAAACUGGAAACCCUGCUCUUCGUGCUGGGGUAUUCUAUCGCCUAAUUUUGCGUCAAUCAUUAUUUGGAAGAGAUUCGGGAUCAAAUAUGAAUCUGGUAGGGACCAUGCAAGCAAGCAGUUUUUUCGGACAGCCUCCAUCAGAGGCUUGUCCCGGCACGCCAGAAUCAUAUGCUCGUUGUGACCAACAAAGUGAUUUCUUCCUAGAUGAAAUGAUGAGGUGGUUACAAGAGGGAGUAGCCGGAGCAUCGAUGUUUCGUGCCGAUGCUGCUCUAGUCGUCACCUGGCACAACACAGCUUCAGGCAUUGCUGGGCGAUCCGACAUCGAUGCGGGUCAAACCGCAACUUACCAGGCUAUAUGGCUGACUGACCAACCAGGUCGUUUAUCCUAUGUUAUUUUCAACUAUGAUCGAUUAGGCUUUGAUGCUCAAGAUUUUCGUGCAAAUUCUCGAAGUGGACGUUGUAGGGCUCUAUUCAAUGGCGGCAAUCACACAGGCGUUGUCGAUGUUGAUCCUACUCAAGCGUACAAGAACACUCCAAAGGUACUAGCACAACGUUCCGGUGUUCCACAUGUGGUACGAGGUCGCUACAUGUUCCGAGUCGAUGAUGUUGUACGCCCAGCUGGCUGCAGUAACAAAACUGGAGGAACAUAUCCGAUGAUGAUCUACCCAAACAUCGUAAAUAUGCUUGGUGAAAUGACUGUAGAUGUGAAUGCAAUGUGCUUGGAUCGUGCAACCCCUUAUAUUCUUAUGAUAGAAGAAAGAGAGGUAGCCACAUGUCAGGUCUUGAACUCAGCCAUAGCUCGUUGUAGUUUACCGAAAAUCUAUGAUUGGGGUACAAAAACCGUGUAUUUCCAACCGCAAUCGAAAGGUGCCAAUGAUGAAAAAGCCUUCGUGGGAUAUAUCUAUUUUGUGCCUCCAACCUUGGAUCCGCAACGUUUGGAUAUUGGUAAUCUCUAUGAGUGGUAUAAAAAUCCAAUGCCCAGCUAUCUAAUGCCAAUCUCUUGGUACCCGCGUAAUUUCACUAAUCCCGAUUUAUUCAACAAUCUUAAUCAAGUCGGGACCCGAAUAUCCGACGAUGCUCUCUAUGGUGUGCAGUUAGGACUAUAUGUGGUUGGCUACAGGGAGUACAAAGAUGACGAGAUCAAAAAAUUCCGACCUGAACAUCGCACACUGGCUCGUAUAGCUACCUACACUAAUCGCAAUAGUUUUGAUUACCGCUGGAGAGCUCAGGAAGAGGUCAUCAAUCUAAAUCAGGUCCAACAAUGGUAUUUGAACGAUUGGGAACGUUGGAAUACUUUGUAUACCUUCCGAGUAGGCUAUCUCAAAUUGGCACCGAUGAGACCAAACGAUAUGAAUGGGACAGAGUUAUUAGCCGGCCUCGUUUCCGCUCCCAUUCCUCUUCAUUGGUUAUGGGCUCCAGAAGACAAUCGCUUUGGUACCUCUACAUUUUCACAACAAGAACGAGAUCAGCGAACAGAGUUUGUAACCCGGAAAUCUAAAGAAAUGUGCCAUGACUGGUAUGACGAAGAUGGCGCGUUGUUCAACUUUAUUCGCGAUACAGAGACAAACUCAAGUUGCCCAUGUGUGGAAACGCAAGCACGUCUGGAUCUUGGACGAUUUAUGCCGCAUCCAAGAUGUUCACAGACUUUUCGUGAUAUCACGUGCACGACUAUGAUCGGUUCCAAAAAUUGCUACAUGUCCGCACAAAACAUCUAUGGAUCCUAUGCCGGCAAAGGAAACACAUUUGAUAACAUGGACACAUCGCGAUUUAUGACGCAUUAUGGACAAGUCUGCUGCUAUGAUGAAACUGGAUUCCUUAUGCAAACUCCAUAUCAGCCUGUAAUCAAGACUCAAAAGGAGUACUUCUACAAUCCGGGCUAUCCGCUAAGGGCGUAUGAAUUCGGUACACCACCAUAUAUGGGACAGUUUGAAGUUCCCGGACUAUCUGUAUUCCAUAACGAUUACAUGCCUUACUUCUUAUGCUGCAAAUUUGCCGAUUUCCGCUGUCAAAUGUUCUACUGGCGACGGCCAUCGUCAGCUUGUCAAGAAUACCAACCUCCUGCUACAGGCCAAGUCUCCGGCACAGGUGUAUUCAACACCAUCGACAAUGACAAGUUCAUUUUUAACGAGCCAGGGGUGUUCAACUUCCUUUACGUUCCGAAAACUGUACGUACACCAGAAGUGCGCGUACAAAUUCGUAUGGAACGAUACCCAAAUAGAAAGGUUGACUUUGGCUUACUAGGGCGUUAUAUUGCACAGUCAGAACUUGUACAACCUACAAAUGCGACGGUAGUCACAGGAGUCGUCAUCGAAGCUACCGGAAGCGACCGUGUUUACGUACUGGCUAGAAAGGACACUAGACGAUUCCGCUACCGUACCGACGUUAUUGUCGGGAAUAUUCUGCGGUAUUUUGAUACGAUCAGAUUGCAAAGAUUCGACGGAGUGCUCGUAUACGUGAACAACGUUGAAAGGGGUCAGCCCGAAAUCUACGUGGUAAUGGAAGAGGCACAAAUUGGUAUUCGGGUCCGGGAGAGUUAUGCUUUGGAUAUUGAUCGAUUACCCAUGUACCAAGAAAGUAUGGGUAUGCUGGAUAUCCAGUUGUCAGUGCCUCCACAAUAUGGAGUGCGCCCCGAUGGGGACAAAAGUCGCGAGACUGAGGAACGUCAGCGCUACAACCUUCCCCGAAUCAGCGGUCUCAUGAGACCGUUCCCGGAACAGACAAAUGCUGCCAUAUUCUCUGGACUUACCCUCAACGAUGUCAAUUCGGAAGCAAUCCGACAGCAGAUAAUCAAUAAUUACAGAAUAGUAGGAUCUGGUGAAUCAGGAACAGAACAACAACCCGCAGGCACACUAGCUCAAGGCCUACCCUCUGAAAAUAUGUUCACGACCAGCAAGGACGAAGACAAACAGUAUGAUGUGUUCCCUGAGGCAAAUCUACGCGCUGGACCCAUCUACAAAAUGGCACCACAAUAUGAAUCAGGCCGAUACCGAUAUCGGCCACAGACUGGAAUGGAUAUCAGUCAAGCGCUCAGCAACUGCCGUGGUCUGCAAGAAGAUCCCACAUUGAGUCUGCAACCAUAUCAAAGUCAAGCAAAUCUUAUAUAUGGUAUGUCUCGAUGUCCUGAUGAUGCUGCUUCGAUCAUUAAUGAUUGUGGUGAUAGUGUUCCAUGUUUGUAUAGUUACGCUUUACUACAAUCCAAAGUAUUGGCAUUCGAGGAGCAAGACACCUGGAACAGUUUUGUCACAGAACGAGUCGAAGCUACACGAAAGUACAAUAGCUGUGGUGCGAUCAACAUCGAGUACCCAGAAUAUAUGAUGAAAACCCCGGCAUUGUCAUCUGGCUAUCUGCAAGGAGAUGUGGCACGAUUUGGUUGUUAUCAAAGUCACUGGAUCAAGGGAGAUGCUGAAUAUAAGUGCGGAAUUGUUGUGGAUUAUAAUAAUCCAAACAACUAUCGUUUUGAAUGGAAUAAAGGCUCACAACCAUGGUGCCGCUCGCGAGUCAAAGAAAAUUACUUCAAAUGGAUUACUGUAAUAUUCAGUACUGUAGCUAUAAUUCUUGCUAUAAUGUCGGUAUUCCUCGGAUGUUGGUGUGUGAAACAGAAGAGGAUACAAGAACAACGACAAUAUAAUUAUUCUGACAAUGCCGCUUACACGAAUAAAGGCCGAGUGGCCUCGAUGGGCUCCCUAGACGACGGACCUCAGCUCACUCAACGAUUCCCAGCAAGGACUACUCCUGCCACUUUGGAGCCGGCAAGGCUAACCCCGGCUUCGUCAAGGCCGCAAUCACGGAAUCUCUUUGGCUUCAACACCAGUGUCUAG